CAUCUGCAAUCUUAUCUGUGAUCCGCGAUAUCCAUGUAUUGCAGCUGGGUUGUAUUGGUUUUUCUUUCUCGCCCUAGUUUUAAAGUGAAUUUUAAAGAAAAAUACCAUAUAAACUAGAAAAAUCACCCAAAUUUUCAAAAAAAAUUAAAUCAGUAAUACAUGAAUUCAGGUGUAUGUUAAGUAUACCUAUAAGGAACAAGUAUAUUAAAUGGAUAAGUGGGAUACUUGCAGUAGACUUUUUCAAAUAUUAAUAUACGAGUAGAAAAUGCAAAAUGGUUUCAUUUUUAGCAUAGCCAAACUUCUCUUCUAUAGUUUCGAAUUGAAAAAAUGUGAUAUUAAAUGAAUUCUCCUGUAGUUAUACUUAUAGAUAUCCUUGGUGGUAUACAAAUAAAUUUAAUCUAAACAAUCCAUCGUAAUCAAAAUAAAUAUGUCUAAGGAUUUACCUUUGAUUAGGAAGUAACAUUAACUAUGAAGGGGUACUUACUGAGUUGUACUCUAUACAAGGGGAUUUUUUCACUUAUUCUGAUACUUAUUGCUAUUGAGUACCUCUUUGGAUCAGUAUCUGAUUCUACGAAUUAUGUUUUUAAAUCAGCAACGCUUCAAAGAGAAAAUCCAAAUCAUCAUAGUCAACUUUAUCUUAAAGCUGGUUCCAAGAACAAAACUAAUACAAAUAAUACUGAAUUCACAAAUAGCACGAUGAACAUAUCAAGUGUGAAUGCUAGCAGCAUUGGAUUUUAUGCAAAGAACCUUAACAAUUUUACAUUAUCUUUUGAUUCAUCUAUAACUGAUUCAGUUUCAAACAGCACUAAAGUACUUAAUACAACUGAUUUACCAUUAUGUCCUGAUGAUCCUCCAAAUUUAGUGGGAGCAAUUCCUGUUAAAAAGUUUCCAGUUCCUACAAUUGAACAACUUGAAUCUCGUUUUUCAUGGCUAAAACCAGGGGGCCACUAUGCCCCUGAAUCUUGUAAAGUAAUAAAAAAAGUAGCUAUUGUGAUACCUUUCCGUUGUCGAGGUGAGCACCUUUUGCUUUUUCUUCAACAUAUGCACCCGUUCUUGAAGAAACAACAGCUGGACUACACGAUAUUUAUCAUUGAACAAGAAGGAGAUGGCCUCUUCAACCGAGCACUAUUAAUGAAUGUUGGUUAUAUAGAGGCAUUGAAGAGGAGAGAUUUCGACUGCUUCAUACUUCAUGACAUCGAUUUAUUACCAGAAAAUGAUAAGAAUCUGUACACUUGCCCUAUCCAACCGAGGCAUAUGAGUGUCGCAAUUGAUUGCUUCAAGUAUAAGUUACCUUAUAAAGAAAUGUUCGGUGGUGUUUCUGCCAUUUCCACUAAACAUUUCAGAAUGAUUAAUGGCUUUUCUAACUCUUUUUGGGGAUGGGGUGGAGAAGAUGACGAUAUGUCUAAUAGAAUACGACAUCACAAAUUAUUUAUAUCGAGGUAUCCACCGACUAUAGCUAGGUAUAUUAUGCUGUCUCAUAGAAAAGAAAAGCCCAGCCCAAAUAGAUAUGAUGUGCUCAAAUUAGGCCAACAAAAAUAUGAUAAAGAUGGUCUGAACACUCUCAAAUACUCUGUGGUGAAAAGUAAGGAUUUAUUACUUUACACUUGGAUUCUUGUAAAAGUAGACGUGCCAAGUUGAUGUACCAAAAUUUAAAUCCAAAUCUGCCAAAUAAUCGAGAUUAUUCAAACUUUGUGGAUAGCACAAAAUACUUAAGUUCUUUAGUAUUUUGAAAACUUGCGUAGUUACUUAGCAUUUAUACCAUGAAAUAGCCUGCUUAAAUGAUGCGCACUUCCUCUCAAAUCUUGAGGGUAGCUAAAAUGUAUGGAUACAUUGAAACUUUUAUAUUGUAGGUCUCAAAUUUCAAAAUUGAAUUCAAAUGCUGUAGAGUUUUGAGUAUAUAUAUAGUUAUCAAAAAGGUGCAGCUUACUCAAUUUUUUAUAUCUGCAUUUUAAGAUUAUCAAAUAAAACCAUAUUCGACCAUAACGUUCAAUAAUUAAAUGAAUUAAAGAUCAAAGGCCUAAAAUUUAAGUUUUCAUUGCAGUAUUCAUAUAGAUGUUGUCUGUGAUAUUUGCACAAGUAUGAGCAGUUUUAUUAGUAGACAAUAAGGAUUGUAUUCUCAUGGAACAAUUAAGAACCUUAGAGGCAUGAAUGUAAAUUACUGUGUUGGUAAUUUAAUCUUAAUUAAAUUUUGUUUUUAGAAACAAACAACUUUUUCCUAUUUUUUUUUUUUAUGCAUUCCACUAAUUUUAUUUUAGUGUAAUGAAAAAUCUUCUUUUUGAUAUGAUUUUUCCAUAUCAUUGAAUGAAUCUGUGAAUAUAUUGAAAAAUGUCGCACAAAAUUUGUUUAGAUUUUUUUUAAAUUGUUGUAUCCGAUGUAAAUAAAUGAAAGAAUAUAUUACUGAAAAUUUA